GUCCACCUGACAAAGAUGGCGGACAGAUGAGAAAUCAUGGUGAUGUCUCCGAAUUUUCACCAUAUUUGCGGAAACGUAAGAGAGCACAGUUCUGCUGCAGAACAUAUUUAGCCCUCUAUGACCCUCAAAAGCAGAUUUGAGAUCUAAACCAUGCUGAAGUGGUUUGGCUCGGACGAUGCCGGCUCUUCGCCUGGAGCCGGCGAAGGUGCUGUUAAGCCUUCUUUCUCUGAGGAGACGGAGCGUUUGGCUCAGAUGGAGCAGCUCGUGUCUCAGUUGAAGGAGAUGAUCAGAGAAAAGGACGCAGCUCUGCACACUAAAGAUGAACAGCUCAAGGCAGAAAAGGAGGCGUGCGAAGCGAAGCUGUCUAAGAUGCGGCUCCAGAACAAAGCAAAGGUCACGUCUCUAAACUCACAGCUGGAGGAGCUGAGGAAACGGCAGGGGGAGCCACCACAACUCAAAAGGAGUGGAAGUGGAGAAUCAGGGGAAUCGGAGCACACCGGAGCCAGCAGAGGAAAAAUUUUGUUGCUUAAAAAGAAAGUGGAAGACCUCGAGCAGCAACUUGCACAAAGAAAUCAGGAACUGAACCUGAAGACAAAGGAGCUGGAAGGCCAGAGAGAGCGCGGUGCCGAGAUGGACGCCAUGUUGGUGGAAAAAGACAAACGCCUGGCUGAGAAAGAAGACUAUAUCAUUCACUUACAAAUGGGCUUAGGUGGAGAGAAAUCAGAUAAAACAGUGGAGCAAAUAGCACCGGUCAACAAGGAAGCAGCACUGCAGGAGCUGGAGAUGCUGGUGCAAAACCUGACGAAAAAAGUUGGAGAUGGAGAAGAGAAGUACAGCCUCCUAAAGGAGCAGAACGACAGUUUCAGAGAGCUGCUGGUCACGGAGAGAGCUCAGUUUGAGGAGAAGGAGAACAUGUACAAACAAAACAUCCAGACAUUUAAGGACAUCAUUUUACAAAAGGACAACAGGUUAACGGAGAUGAGCCAACUGCAUGAGCAAGAGCUUUUUAAACUUGCAGCAAAGUCAGACGCUAGUGCGGAUCUUGAGCAGCUUUUGAAGGCUCUUAAACAGAAACUGCACGAAAAGGAAGAGGUCCUUCUAGGAAAAACUCAGGUGAUCGAUGUCCUUCAAGGAGAAGUGGAUGGAAGAGAUCGGCAAAUCCAGGACUUGAACGAGCGCUUGAGACGCUUACAGAGUGAGAAAGAAAACCUCCAAUCUAAAAUGGACGCCGAGAAACACAUCAUGCGCACUCAGGUUCGAGACCUCAUGCAGAAACAUCAAGAGGAGCUGAAGAGAGUGACAGAGAAAUAUGAGCAUGAGAUGUCGGAGAAGCAGAUGAUGUCGAUGUCCUCCACUUCAGUCACUACGUCUCUAGACUUGCCUGUUGACCCAUCAAUAAACCAGAGACUCUCAGAUCUUGAAGCCCAAGUCAAGCUCAAAGCAGAAGAGGCCAGCAAGUCAGAGGCAAAGUUCUUGAAGAUGAAAGCCUGGUCCAAAUCCCGCAUCCGGCAGCUAGAAGAUGAGCUGAAGAAAGCGCAGUGUGAAAACGCCGCCCCUGACGUAGCUGCACUUCGUGCCCGUGUCAGCGAGCUGGAAGAGGAGAGAGAAGAGCUGCUGUGUAAACUCGAGCAAUACGAUGAGCUCAAGGCCAAAAACGAUGUUUUAGAGGCCAAGCUGGUGGUGUAUGAGGAGCAGCAGAGAAAAAUGCAGGCCGAUCUGGAGCAGGUCACCAAGAGAGCUGCCUCCCAGGCGAGUGAAUCUGGGAGCAUGGACGAUGCUCAGAGUCAGGUGAUGGAGUGGCAGGAUAUGAUGACGAUGGUAGCUGAAGCUGAAGCAGCAAGAAAUCAGAUCCGAGAAGAGAAAAACGUGCUGGAAAUCCGAAUGAGCCACAUCGAGGAGGAACGAGAGGCACUGGCCAAUCGGCAGCGGGAGUUGGAGGAGGAGUUGGCUCAGGCCCGAGGGCUUCGUCCACAAAAGGGCAAGAAGAUGGGAAGCUCCGGCCCCCGCAACCUGCAGGAGGACUUUGAGUUCAACAACAGGUCACCUUUCCCCGAUUCCCACAAUCCCUCUGGCAGUAUCACUCCGAUGGAAGGGGAGAACAUGGGAGGUUGGUGGCCCGAAUUCACUGCCUCAAACACAGAGGGCCUGAGGUCCGUUGUGGAAGAACUGGAGCUUGAAAGAAAUCAGCUGCAGGAGCAAAUCCUUGGACUGGAAGAGCGCUGUCAGGACUUGGAGGAUCGGUUGCAGUUACAGGCUCGCAUUGAGUCCCUGCAGGUGACCUUCGAUGUAGAUGAAGGAGGUCGGCCAUUUUGGGUUUCUCAGAAUGAAUCCGAGAAACUGCAAGCUCAGCUUAGCAGCCUGCGCAGUCAGCAAAGCAGAGAUGCUGAAAAGCAUCAGCUCCUUGUCACAAGUUUGAAUGAACAACUCAAAGGGCUAAGCAGCACACAGGAGUGUCUUGAAUCCUCUCUGAUGGAGAAAGAACAAACACUCGCCCAAACGUCAGAGAAACUUGAGCUUAUCGACAGUCUGAGAGAUGCACUGAAGCAGAAGGAGGAGCAGCACAAAGACGUUGCAGAUAAACUACUACAGACCGAAAACAAUCUUUCUGAAGUUACCAAGAAGUGCAGUACGUUUGAGAAGCAGUGCACAGAAAUGAAAGAAACAGUCGCAGAUCUCAUGCAGAAGCUUAAUGUCCUGAAAGAGAAGACGCAGAGACAAGAAGCUACAAUUGAAUCAUUGCAGAGUGACUUGGAUCAAACCACUGAUGAGCUGGACAAGCUGAACACCACACAUUUAGAAGAAAGAUCGCAGCUUAUUCACGAUCUCCAGAGCUGUGAACGAGAAAUUGACACCCUCAAAGACGUUAUCGUAGACAAGGACAAGGAAAUUUCAGCUCUGUCGGGCAAUAUGGUAGAAUAUGCAGAGCAAAUACAAGAGCUUAAACAGGAGAUAAGGCAUAAAGAGGAGGAUUUGGUUCGUAUUGAGAGUGUUCUUGUGAAAGCUGAACAGGAAGCUCGUAUCAUUAGAGAGUCACAGUCUUCUGACCAGCAUUCCCUUAAUAUGAAAAUAGCUGAGCUGACGGAACAACUCAGGGUCACAGAGAAUGAUCUAAGUGAAGCCCGUAAAGAGAAAGAGGCAAAGUUGAAUGAGACGAAGGAACUGCUCAGUCAACUGGAAGAGAACAAGCUGAAAAUACAAGAUCUCAACAUGGAAAUUCAGAAGCUGAAUACAAGUCAGCGUGCACACCUUACCGAAUGCGAAACUCAGAUUUCAUCACUGAAGGAACAAAUGCUUGCUGCUACUCAAAAACUUCAGGACUCGGAGGACGUUCUUGCUCAGCUGAAAGAGAUGAGAAAUUCGAACGAGAAGCUUAAAGAGCAGAUCCUUGACCGCGAGCAGACUCACGAGAAGGAGAUGAAGUCUCUCAAGGAAGAACGUAACAAGCUGUUGGCAGAUGUUACAAAAUAUAAUAAUGAACUGCAGUCUCUAUCCAGUCAGCUUCAAGCACAGGUCGAGUGCCAGGAACAGGUUAAGCUAGGGGUUGAAGAGAAACUGGUGACUAUAAUGUCGCUGGAGGAAAAGCUUCGGAUAGUGCAGGAAAAGGCAGAAGAAGAAAAGAAGGCACUACAAAAAGAAUUGGCUGGCAAAACAAAGACCAUUUCUAAGCAGGACGUAAAGUUGAAAUCACUUAAGGAUGAAAUUCUAGUUCUUCAAAAAUCUCUAGAGGAGAUUUCACAGACCCAAACACAGCAUUUGCAGGAAUCCCAGGAAAAAAUGGAUGUAGUGCAAAACCAAAAUGUCAGCCUGCAGUCCAGAGUGGACGAUCUCACCAAAGAGAAUCACGCUCUUAAGCAGGAAGUCGAGAACAAGGCUCAGCUGUUGCAACAGGUUUCAGAGGAGAAAGUCAUCCUGCUGAGGAAAACAGAAGAACUUGAAUCACAGCAAGUGGAAAAAGGAAAAAUGGUAGAAGACCUGAUUAAAGAUAAGGAGAAGCUCAACGAUCAAGCCACAGAGCUUGAGCAAAGCAAGCAGUCUCUUUCUGAACAUCUGUUGGAGAAAACGGGUGAGUGUAGUCAGCUUAAAGAGUCGCUGGAGAUCAGUAACGAGCUGGCUGGACGUUUACAAAGCCAAAUAGAGGCCUUGAACACUCAGGUUGACCAAUUAAACUGUAAAAUAUCAGAAAAUGAGAGAGCUCUGGGUGAGAAAAGCAUACAAAUAGACACUCAGCUGAGUCAAAUCAUGCAGCUGCAGGAGAGUUUGAAUUCUGGAGAAUCGGAGAAGGAUAGCCUUUUACAGCAGCAAGCUUCCCAGUUCGCUUCUUUACAAAGCGAACUUCUACAGCAGAGGAGUCUCUCUUCAACGCUUCAAACUGAAUGUGACUCCCUGAAAGAAGAAUGUACUCAGCUCCGUCAAAGCCUUCAGGAACAAAACACAGCUCUCAGUAAUAAGGCCCAUGAGUGUCAAAGCCAUCUAAAUGACCUGGACAAAAGGAACGCAUCUCUUUCUUCCCUCAGCAGUGAGUUAGGCACCAUGAAUGAGCUUAAUGCCAAGCUCGAGGCUGAAAAUGGUGACAUGAAAAAGUCCCUGGAAGAGUUGCAUGCCAGUAACAAGAAUCUAACUGAAGAAAUAACUCUCAGACAGGCUAAUAUCAUCGAGCUUCAUAACAACAUUCAGGUCCUGAGCACACAGACCCUACAGAUAAGAGCUUUAUAUGAGAAUAAAGAGAAGGAGCUAGCUGAGCUUAGUCAGGUCGUGUCCGAAAUGGAUAAGAAGGUAGCGACGACGCUGGAAGAGAAGGGUAACCUUGCUUCUCAGAUUUCCAUCCUUACUGAGCAAAAUAGCAUCAUUCAAAAAGAGCAAGAGGAGUUAGUUAAGGAAAAAAGCUUGUUAAAUGACAAGCUGUCUGGGUUUGAGAUGCAGCAUGCAGAAAACCGUAAAAUUAUAGAAGGCUUGCUUAAAGACAAAGAAGAAUUUAGCAAAACAGUCAAGCAAACGCAGGAAGCUUUACUUGAAAAGACUACUGAAUGUGAAGCUCUCUCUCGACAGUUACAGGAGAGCAAAGAGUCCAUAAACCAUUUGAAUGAACAGCUAAAGAUGUCAGAUUCUCAACAUAACAUCAGAUUUGCUGAAAAAGACCAGGUCAAUUCAGAGCUACGCAAACAGCUUGUGGGUUAUCAGGACCAGCUUACUCAGCUACAAGAAACUCUCUCGUUACUUCAGGAACAGGGUAGCGCUCUGAAGUCAGGACUUCUGGAGAAAGAUGCAGUUUUACAACAGCAGUCUAAGGAGUGUUCUUCCUUACAAAGUGAGCUUAAUCAUCAGCGAGAGCUUUCCACAAACCUCCAAACUGAGAACGAGAAGCUUAAAGGAGAAUGUUCACAACUGCUCCAGGAUUUGAGAGCGAAAGAAAGUGAAUGUUGUAAUCACACUGACGAGCUCAACAAGAGAAACGAGUCACUGGUUUCACUCAGUAGCCAGUUAGCAACCACGAACGACAAUGUUGCAAAGCUUCUCUUGGAUAAUGAGCAUCUUAAAUGUUCUUUGGAGAGUCAUUUGGCAGAGAGUGCAACACUGAAACAGGAGCUGAGCCAGAAACAAGUCGAGCUGGGGAAACUUCAGGAUAAUGUUCAGGCACUAAAUAAGGCAAAUAGUACACUGGAAGCCGAAUUCCAGAAAUCAGAGAGAGAGAUUUCCACAAGGCAAGAAGAAAUCUGGGCUCUUCAGAAUCUGUUGUCCAAUAGAGAUGCCAAUUUUACAUGUUUGACACAGCAGCUAGCAACCGAGCAUUCCAAAGCUGAAAGCUUACACCUGGAACUGCAGCAAAAAGAAGAGUCCUUUAAACAGCAGGAGACAUUCUUGAGUCAGUUACAGGUCAGAUUUGAAUCCGGUGAAGAUCAGAUCAGCCAGAAAAUGGAAACCAUUGCUGAACUACAGAGGGAUGCUCAGAACCUUCAGAGAUCACUGCAGGAGAAAGAUGUCUUGCUGCUCAAAAAGGAUCAAGAGCUCACUCAGUUGAAUGAAAAGAUAACGGCAGACUUAGAAGCACGGAUUAAAUCUGACAUGGAGGUCAUCUCCAAAUUACAAGGUGAUUUGCAGGUAUUGCUUGAGAAAAAUGACAACCUUAGUUCAGCUCUAGCUGAAAAGGAUGCUCUGUUGAAGAAUGAAGCAGAGAAGCAGCUGAGCACGAAGGCCAACACUGCCAAACUUGAAGACACCAUUUCCCAACUGACUAGUGAAGCACAGGGCAUAUCCUCAGAGAUCGCACAACUCAGGGCCACACAAGCUGAGAAGGAUCAGGCCCAUCUUGACACUAUAUCUAAACACACUGCAGAGCUCAGCAGCCUGACUGAAACCAUGAAAGGCAAAGAGUUAGAAAAUGACAACUUAAGACUAGAGUUGUCCCAGUUGACAGAAUUGGUUUCACUGUUGAACAUCAAUCUCAUUGAGCAGGCUGCAGAGGUAUCAAGACUCAAAGCAGCCCUUGUUGAAAGCACUUCCACUGUGGUGGAUCAAACUAAAGCUCUUCAGGAUCUUCAGAGGAAGGCUGAAGAGGCUGAUUUGUUGAAGAGUCAGUUUAUGGAAAGUACAGAACUAGUGUCUGAGCUGCAGAGUCAAACUCAAGCCCUAAAGCAAGAGUCUUCAAGGCUUUCCAUAGCAAUAGAGGAGAAGCAAAGUGCCUUAACAAACCUUCAGGAUAAAUUUGCUUUUCAAGUGGAAGAAUUUCAAGAAGCCAAGAAUCUGCUGUCCCAAAAGAACGAAGAAUUGUCGAACCUCAACUGGACAAUAAGCGAGCGAGACGGACAAAUUCACGCCCUUCAGCAGGAGUCGUCGACUUUGCAGAAUGAGGUCCAACAGCUGCGAUUGUUUAAUGCUGAAGUUUUGAAGCAAAAGGAUGAUACGUUAGUUUCCCAGCAGAUGAACGCCAGUGCCCUGACUAUAGAAAUCGAGAGGUUAAAGGAACAACACCUUCAAGUUGCAGCCCAGGUUAAUUCCCUGACUGAGAGCCUUGAGCAAAGGGAAUUGGCUCUGCAUGCUAUUAAUAGUCAAUACACUGCUCAGGUAAAGCAUACAGAGCAUGCCAUGUCAGAGAUGCAGAAAAUGAAUGAGCUGUGCAAGAAACUGCAAGAGGAAAACCGUUUGACCAAGCAGGAGCUAGAUCGAGUCAACAGUGAAAGGACAAAGAAGGAAGAGGAGGUCCAUGAGUUAGUUCUGGAAAAAGAGGCAUUCAGUAGGAAUUACAGUUAUGAGAUUCAGAGGACACAAGAACAGCUGCAGCUUCAAAGUCAGCAGCAGUACAGUAGCAUGGAGAGAAUGAAGACAGAGAUGGAGCAACUCCAGGUCCAGGUUAGUGCCAAAGAUGAUAUUAUCACCGGACUGAAAUCAGAAGUUCGGAGAGUUGAACAAACUCUUCAAGAGUCUGAAAAAGAGUGGCUUUCAGUGCUUGAUAGGGAAACGCAGGCUAAGAAUGUCCUCACUAAGCAGCUCGAAGAAAUCGAACAUGAACUGACUUCCAAAGACAGUAAAGUUCAUGCUCUGAAACAGGACCUAGAUCAUUUAAAUGAAAAGUUAGCCGAAGCCACACUGGCUAUUGAACAGGGCUCAGAGAGGCUUAAGGAAAAAGAACUGGAUGCUUUAAUGAGUAGAAGCAAAUUAGAGGAGAUUGCAUCCACCGUUCAAGCAAAGGACAGGGAGAAUAUCGAAUUAAGACAGGCCUUACAUGAUAAACAAAUAGAGCUCAAGGAAUUGGUAGAAAGUCAAGAGUUUGCUCAGAAGGAGGUAUCUCGUUUAACACAGUGCAUGUCAGAUAUAGAAUUGGCUUUCAGAGAAGAACGAGUUUCCUUGCAGUCCACAAUUAAACAGCUACAAGAAGACACUCAAUCUCGAGACUCUUCCUUUAAGAAGGAGUUAGCCGAGCUGAAUAGGGAGCUAGAGCAAAGGCAUGUCGAGGGUCUAGACAAUAAAAGUGAGAGUGAAGGCAAGAUCGCUUUAUUGUCGGAAAGUAUUAAAGAGCUCGAAGAAAAACUCAGGGCAGAGAUCCAGAAAUCCGAAAUGCUCAACGAGGCUAGUUUGAAACACAGUGCACUUAUCCAAAAGAAAGAUGAUGAACUCAGUUUUAUGAGCAUUCAGAUCAGUCAGCAGAAAGAACUUCUCACUGCACUCAGCCAGCAGCUAAAAGUGAAGGACACGUCAAUAACACAAGUGGUAGCAUCUGCUUCAAAUGAAAGGAUAAAACAUGAGGAGCGGAUCAACAAUCUGAUUUCACAACUGGAAGAGACAAAAGCAAAUCUGUCUCUUUAUCAAAGUCAAAUGGAAAAUAAAGAAACAGAAAACAAUGCUUUGGUUAAAGACAACAAUGAACUUAAAAUUGAAAUCUCCAAAGUAACUAAAGAAAAAGAGGCCAUGAAGAAAAAGCUCCAGGCAGCGCUUGUUGUCAGAAAAGAGUUGCUAAAAAAAAUAGAGGAGCAUGAGAAACAACAUGCAAAAAGUGCAGAGGACGAAGUAGAAGUUUCAGCUUUGCAGGAGAAAUUGGAAGAUCUAAGGACACAAACAAACUCUCUCAAAAAAGAACACGAUACAACUGUUUCUGAACUUAGUCAGCAGUUAAAGGAUAAAGACAGUAAAAUCAAUGAGUUGUUGCUGGUUAUAUCAGAAAAAGAGCAGACCAUAGUGCAAAUGGAAGACAGUGCUAAUUGUUUACAAUGUAGACUUGAGGAGCAGAAGGAAAAUUUGAGCUCCACCCUCCAGAAACUAGAAGAACAGAGGCUUUUAAUUGACCAGCUUCAAAUUACCAGCAGUGAAAAAGAUGCUGCGUUUGAGAAUGAGAAGCUGAAAUUGGUGGCCAAACUCGAGCAACUUGAGAAAGACAUCAGCACGACCGACAAGGAUGCAGGAAGCGAGAGGUCACAUCAUACUGAAGAAUUAGAAAGCGAGUUGGCCAAGGUAAAGAGAGAGAAAUCCGAGCUUCAGAAGAAAGCUCAAGCUGCACUGUUGGCCCGCAAAAAAUCUCAAGAAAAUCAGAAAAUGUUAAAUGACGAGCUUUGUGAGCUCAAGGCCAACUUCACAUCUCUUCAGGAGAACCACAACCAGCAAACACAGAAGUUUAUAGCUGUCCAAUCAGGCUAUGAUCUCAAAGUUCAAGACCUAGAAUGUGCACUUCAGAAUUUUAAAUGUCUGCAAGACAAAGUAGAGGCCUUAGAGGGAGGCAUUGAAGAAAGAGAAACAGCCAUGCAGCAUUUACGAGAGUCCUUGGAAACACAAUCAGCACAGACAUCAUCAGUUCUUGAAGAGCUGGAGCGUCUUAAACAAGAUUUGGAAAAUGUAAAAUCGGAAUUGGCUCGUAAAGAUGAAUUACUCUUCAGCUUGCAGGAACAGUCUAAAGAAAUAGCAGAACAAAGAUCUGAACUUGCUAAAGAAAUCACAGAGAAAAAUGAUGAAAUUGCAAAGCAAAAGGCUUACAUCCAAACUACUGAACAGAAACUUAAAGACCUGCAACAAAGCCUGACCAAGCUCCAGUCUGACCAUCAAAAUCAAUUAGAUACUCUUAAUGCGUCCUUUGAAGAAGCACGGUCGUAUGUACUUCAUGAAGAGUUAGAGUGUUAUAAACAGAAAUUAGAAAAGGUCACAUAUGAAAUGGCCCAUAAAGAUGAACUACUGCUUAAACUGGAGGAACAAUCCAAUGAAAUGGUUAAGAAGUCAGCGUUUGAAAGAUCUCAACUUGUCAAAGAGAUCCACGAGAAGAACCAAGAAAUUGAGCGCCAACAUUUCUACAUUCAAACAGCUGAAAGACAACUUGAGCAGUUUAAGGAAGGUAUGACCAGGCUUCAGUCUGAGCAUCAGAAUCAAUUGGCAUCUUUUGAAGAGCUAAAAUUGACUGUAAAGGCAGCUGAAGGUGAAGAAUGCAAAAGAAUCGCGAUGCAGAAUGAAAUAGAAAAACUUCGUAGUGAAAGAGACAGCAUAGCAGCAGAGCUGGAGUCCACCUUACAAAUGGUCACAGAGAGAUCAGAAGAACUGCAAGCUUUGCAGAAUGAAUUAUCCAUAGCUCAGCAGAAAGUUUCUGAAGAACAUUCCCAGUGGCAAGAAGCAAAAUCUGAAGUUGAGCAACUGCAUUUGGAAACAGAAAGACUACAGAGAGAAAAAGAGAGCUGCAUGGUGGACUUUGAAAAGUCCAAACAGGAUUACACACAACUUGAGUCACAGCUGAAGCAACUUGAAACACAAAACAAGGAGCUUUUAGUUAAGACCGAAUUUACUGACAAGGCAUCAGACCAUAAGCAAUCUGUACCAUCUGAAAACUCGAACGUGACUCGUGAACAGCAAUCCCCUUUUAAAGAGGGAGCGUUCCAGUCUCUGCUUUCAGAAAAGGAGGCACUCAUAUCUGCUCUAGAACAACAACUUCAGAGGCAAAUUCAUCUCCAUGAGGUCGAGAUGGAAAAAAUGAGAAUGGAAGUCAGUGAGCGGCAACAGAAACCAGCAGAUAUUGGAGACAAUAAGACAGUAGAUCAGCUAACAAAAAAACUACAAGCCGCUUUGAUUUCUCGCAAGGAGCUUUUGAAGGAGAACCGGGCCUUCACGGAAGAAAUCCAGAAACUACAAUCGAAGAAUGACCAUGUGCAAAGUGAUCUGUCAUCUCUAGAAAGUGUUGUUUCUGACCUCAGACAGCAGAAAAAUAAAUUGGAAAGUAACAUUUCCAAGUUAAGUGCUGAAAAGCAGAACCUCGCCAGGGAUGUUGAGCGAAUCCUGAGCGACAAUCACAACCUAUCAGCAGCCUGUGAAAGCCUUAAACUCACAAUCGAGAACAUCACCCAACAGAAGCAAGCAUUCUCGUGUCAACUGGAGUCCCUUAAAGACUCGCAAACCGAGGAGCUGUCCGAAUGGAAGUCCAAGCAUGCCGAUUUGAAGCAGGAAUAUGAAUCUCUCCUCCAAGCUUAUGAGAAUGUUAGCAGUGAAAUGGACAAGAUGAGGCAGCUUCUUGAAGGUGCUAAGAGAGAGAGACAGGAAGCUCUUGUAAAGUCUCACAAAUAUGAAUCUGAAAGAGACAUUCUUGAUAAGCAGAUUGCUGAAUUAGAGGAAGAGAAUGACAAAAUGAAAGAAAAAAUGAGAAAGUUUGCCAAGGUGAAGCAACAAAAGAUCGAGGAGCUUGAGGCAGAAAAUGAAAAGAUAAGAAAAGACCUGCUGUCUUUUGAUGACAAACAAAAAUGCACGGUCAACGAAUUGACUUUAAGAAAUAGUAGGUUGGAAAGUGAGAUCAAGUCCCUUCAAGAGUUGUCAGAGGAGCUCAGAGGACAGAUGUGCGAACUUCAGCAAGAGAACCAGAUCUUAGCAAAGGAACUCAAAGAAACAAGCUUAUCUCUUGAGAAGUGGCACAAGGAGUCGGAAUUCAAUGAAAGCGGUCUGCAGGUCAAAUUAAGAGAGGCUCUUAGUUUGAAUGAAAAUUUUGCAGCACAAAUAGAGACCCAGAAAACAGAUUUAGCAGUGCAUAUUGAAAUGAUUGCGCUUCUAGAAAAGGAGAAGUCAAACCACAAAAGAGAAAUAUGCGAGCGGGACAAAAUUCUGUCGGAUCUUAAGCAGGUGAUCGAGAAAAACACACAAGAAACCAUAAACCUAAGUGAAAAGGUUAAGAUUUUGGACGAUGAUAAAUGUAUGCUGCAAGAGGAACUCGAGAACGUCCAAGAGACAUCCGAUAAAGUAAAAAACGAAAACGAAUAUUUGGAGACCGUGCUUCUGAAAAAUUCUGAAAGAAUUGACGAAUUGACCGAGGCACUCAAUGUCUUGCAAACACAAAAAUUGCAGCUCUCAGCUCAGCUACUGGAAGUCAAAGAGGACAAGGCAAAGGUUUGUCAAGAAAAGGAACAGUUGCACUUGAAGCUCGUGAAAGAAUUUGAAGAGAAGCUCAAAGUGUUGCAAAGAGGCACCGAAGGUUCUAAAAACAUGAAGAAGGAACUACAAGAGCUGCUAAAAGAGAAGCAUCAAGAGCUCAACCAGCUACAACAAGAUUGUAUUAAAUAUCAGGAGCUGAUUCUGAAUCUGGAAAGGUCUCUAAAGCACUCUGAGACCCAGCAACAGCAAGUACAGAAGGAGCUCAGAGACAUGACUGACAAGGUCACAGAUUUGCAGAAGGAGAAUGGGAGUCUUGAAAAAGAACUCAAAACGCAUAAAAACCUUCUCAACGAGACCAGAAAGGAACUGUCUAGAGUAACUUCUGAGAAGGAUGUACUUGAGCAGAAACUUGCAGAGGGGCAAGAACGGUCCGAAUUUGAGUCGGCAGAAAAGGAGAAGUCCUUGGAAAAAAUGGCGGAACAGCAGCAAGCCCUUUUGAAAGAACAGCGAUCUGAGCUGCAGAAGCAGAUCAACGACUUGCAAGAGCAGAAUAACCGGGAAACUCAAGUUAUUAUGUCCUUACACAAACAGGCUGAGUCUAAAGAUUUGCAGCUUAAAACCCUGCAGAGAGAAGCAGAGACCAAUUCGGCCAAGCUAGCGGUGUUAAGUGUAGACCCAAACACUGGCAACGCUGCAGAGCAGUGGGACAAUGUGUUUAAGAAGGUCUUGCACGAUAAGGAUAGCCAGCUUCUUGAACAAAGCUUGGUUAUUACUCAACUGUCAGAGGACAAUAGGGAGAAAGUCAGGGUGCUAAAUGAUAUGCAGAUUACCAACAGGAAAUUGGAGAGGACUUUGAACGAAUAUUCGGUUGCAGCUGCAGCACACCAGAGGCAGCUCUUUGUAAUGCGUGCAAGCAAUACUGAACUCCAUCAAAACCUCGAGAUACUUACCAAACGGUCUGCCGAACAAAGUGCCUUAAUCGAGAGGUUAGUAAACGAUAAAAGCACGCUUGUGAAACAAGUCGAAGAGCAAAAAUAUUCCAUUUCCCAAGUAAAGUCCAGUCUUGAGCACUCAUCUAAAAUGUUAGCAGACAAAGAAUCUGAGCUCCUUGUAGUCCAGGCCCAGUACAGCAAACUUCUAGUUGACUUGGAGAGACAAGAAGCCAUUUCAUUGCACUUGAAAUCUCUGAUUCAGAGCAAAGAUUCAGAGAUAUCCUCUUUGUUAUCCUCGAAAGAUGGACAGUUGUCAGGGUAUCUGGAGCAGCUUCAGGCUAAUCAUCGUGCUCAGUUAGCAGGGUAUGAGGACAGAUUGACUGCUCUCUAUACCAAGCAAGAAAGUUCUGAGAAAGAAGCGAAGGCUUUAGAAAGUAAAGUCCGAAGUCUUCAGGUCAGAUCGGACAGAUGUGCUCAGGAGAAGGAACAGAUGGUAAUAAAUAUUGCCACUUUAAGGAACUCGGUAUUGUCUUUGCAAGCUGAAAAAGAACAUUUGACAUCGGAAUUAAAGCAGAUUAAGGAACAGGGUAAAGAAGAAUCUGCCGAGAGUGUGACCAAGAGCUUAAAACAAGAGAUCAGAACGCUUCUUCAUCAAAUGGAUGAUCUCAAUUCAGAGAAUGCUAUGCUCAAAGCUCAGCUUAUCAGAUACAGAGAGGAUUUAAACCAGGUGUUAUCCCUUAAAGACAACCAGCUCAAGGAUCUCCUCAAAAAGCAGCAGGAUUCCAUAAGAAACCUUGAGAACCAAAAACGAACUGCAGAACUGCAUCAUCGUGAUGCCCUCCUAGAGGUACAGAAGGAAGCAGAGGAAAUCAAAGCCUUAAAAGAAGAAAACGCUAAACUACAUUCUCAGGUGCAAGAACUGCAAGACAGUUUAUCAGCCUUACAGAAGGAGAGACGGGAGACAAAUGAGAGUAAAGUUAUUGCUGAUUUGCAGCAAGCCAUAGCAGCAAAAGCUUCUGAAUGUAACGAACUUCAGCAAAAGUUGUUCGCCCAAAAAGUGGCUGCAGAUGACUUAAACAGGAGCCUAAAGGAAACAGUCAAAGAGUGUGAGAGAAAAUUGACUGAGGCUGAAGAUAAGUACAACCAAGAACUAAACGCUUUUGAGCGUGAAUUUAAUUUAAUGAGAACCGAGAGAGAAACUGCAGAUCAGAGGGUUGCAGAUUUGGCCAGAGAGCUUAUGCAAGCAGAGCAGGAUUUGUCCGAAGCUAAAAGCCAAAACAAGAAUCUGAAAUCUCAGAACGAAUCACUCGGGAAAGCCAUGGCAGCACUGCAAAAUGACCGGGAUCAGCUCAUCGACGAGUUCAAGAUUCUACGCAGCAGAUACGAUGAAGAACUCAGGGAAGCUACAGCAUCCAUGAAUAAAUUUGAGCGUCAGCUGAAUGACUCCACCUCUGAAAUAUCAGCUCUUGCUACAGAAAAGAACAUUCUGGUCCAAAAGCUUCUGGCUCUGGAAAGCAAAAGUCCACAUUCCAAAUUAUCGGCGCUGGUGAACGACCUUUCACAAGCUGUGUCCGAGAAAGAGGCCCAGCUUAAACAGGCGUCGCUGGAGAAGAGCUCCUUUAGCAGACAGGUUAAUUCAUUUUCGAAAGCGAUGGUCAGUCUUCAGUCUGACCGAGACAGACUGAUGGAGGAACUCAGGAAGGCCAAGAAGGAAGUCGAAUAUAGACAGCAAACAAGCGCUGAACCACUCAAGUCUGUCAAAUCGGAGGAUUCGAAUAACCUUAGCGUCACUGUUGGUGCCCUUCAGACUGAGAAAGAUGGCCUGCUUAAGGAGGUUGGAAAUUUGCGAUCUCAAAAUGCCGAGCUGGUGGAGCUGAAGCAGAAAUAUGAUGACCAACAGAGGGCACUACAACAAGCACAUGCUUACAAGCAACAGUGUGAAAAAGAUGUCCUUGGAUACCAGGCAGAACUGGCAGAGCUGAGGUCUGAAAAGAGCCGACUGCUGUCUGAAUGUCAAGCUCUCAGGGAGUCCAGCAAGGAGACAAGUUUUGUUUCAGGUAAAGGCACAUCUUCAGAGCAGGUUGCACAGCUGCAGAGUCACCUACAGCGUUGCCUGGUGGAGAUUCAGCAGAGAGAUAUUGGCUUUCAGCAGCUUAAUAUCAAGUUGCAGCAAGCUGUAGAAGAGAAAGCCGCUGUUUCUGCUCAACUGAGAGCCGUGUCUCAGACUCUGAGAGAAACCCAGCUUAGUCUGAGUGAGCUGCAGAACCGCUAUUACUGGAUAGCAAAUCAACAACAAAUCCAGCACUCACCUGCACAGGGCUCAGUAUGUGCCGAAGUCGCACCUGGAGCUCCUCAGGAAAUCAGCAGUGCUGCGAGCGAUCUGGACGGAUUGGACAUCAGAGAACUCAAGAGCAGACUGGCAGAAGCAGAGCUCCAGCUUGACUCCACCCAGCAAAAUGUGUCUCAGCUCAACGAUAGACUGGAGGAGGAAAGGGUGCGGAGGCAGGCGGCAGAAGAAGCGCUGGGAUUGGCUGAACAGAGGUUUAAGAGUAUGGAACCCAGCCCUUCCAGAUCUUCUCAACGAGACUUCAGUAUCCAGUUAGACACAGAGGAGGAGUGGGAAGCUCUGAUUUUAGAUCCGAAGCAACACGUGCUUAUGCGCACAAUGAAGAGUGGUGUCCACUCGUGCCGCCGCUGGUUGCGAGGACGCAAUCUUUACUGCUCCAAGAUGCUGACGUCCAGAGCGAAAUCCCGCUACUUCUUCCUGAUCUACCUGCUGGCACUCCAUAUCCUCGUCUUCAUGUGCUUCACUGGAGUGUUAUAGACAUUUAAGACCACGGACAGGUUGCUUGAGCAAACGAGGAGCUUUCUAAAGCAAUGAGUACUGCAGUUGUGUUCAACAAGGCUGAGUCCUCAGCCAAGAGCUGUUUAUUAUUUUAAUCAGUUAUCAGACACCAAUAACUUACCAACUUAGUGUCUCAAUCUCUCGUCCCUAGUAAAAGUGUUCUGCAGAGGUAAUACUUGCAUUGAUAUGCCUUUGCAGGACAUCACCUUGGUGUGUCAGAUGACAGCAACAUCCUCAGAUUUCAGUUUUAUAUCAUUCAGUUAUUUGUACUCAGCUAAUCUGUGCUAUAGAUCCUUGAUUAUUCAGUAGUAAGAUUCAGCAGAGGGACUGUGUUGGUGUUUGGUAUCUGAUGAGCUUUCUAAACAGUUUUGGUAACACACACUACAUACAACAAAUAGCCUGAGCUCACAUGUCAGAUGUCAUUGUGUCCACUCAUCGUGCAUCUGUCAUUUUCGCUGCUGAUGAGCUUAUUGCACUAAACAUUUAUUUAUAGAUUACAGGCAGUGUAGCAGGGUCACCAGUCACAUCUUCUGGGACAGGACUCUGCAGGUUAGACGUGUGUCAAUAUUACAUGACUGUAUUGCCACAAUUGUCUAACCUUUAAACAUGGUUUAUAGUCCUAUUACCAUAUUUUACUUAUAACAUCCUCAAUGUUUGCAAACUCUGCCUUCACCAUCAAUAUCACGUAGUCUGAACUAAGACAAAACGGACAGAAUUGAUUUCGCUGCACAAACUGCUGCCUUAUAUAGGCAGCCUUGUCCAUGACUUAACACAAGAGGUGUGAUGAUAUUGUGCAUGUUGAAAAUUGCAAUAUAUUGUAUAACAGAUGCAUUGUGUGUGUGUGUGUGUGUGUGUGAGAGAGAGAGAAUUUGGCUUGUGUUUUUUUUUUUUUUUUUU